ACUUUUGUCCUCCGAGCUCAGAGUCGAGGAGAAACACAGCGACACUGGACUAUCUGCCGCAGCUUCUUCGUGUUUAAGUGAAGGAUUGAGCAAAAAGAGGAUAAACUGAGGAGAAAAGGUAGGUUAAAACGAUAAGACGAGAAGGUUUUAGAGCGGAAAUGUGAAAUUUAGAGGCGGUUUCCGUGUGGAGACACCGCCUUGCAGACACACAGAUGCAAAUCUUCUGUGGAGGCUUUUUUGAGAUCUUUUCGAGUUAGUAAAAUGAUCCAAAACUUUGAUCAAGAUUUUAUUUUUGCAAUUACGACUAACCCGCCUUUUUAUUUGGCGCUUUCUCUUUGCACACAGUUACAUUGGAGUUUGUUUUCGUGGAUAAAACACCCAGACAUGCCUGUACCGAGGAGGAGGAAUCCCAUAGCUGCAGUUGGGAGUAAAAUACCCAAACCUAAUGCAGCAACCAGUGAAAAUCAGGUAAAAGAAGCAUGCAUUUAUUCUCAUUUUACUCCAAAAGUGUGCAGACAAAGCAGGAGUACUGCUGCUGUUUCAUUAAGAAUCGAUGUGAAGAGGAAAAAAGUGCAAAAAAAGAAAUCCAGGAGAAGUUUCAGUCUUUGUGUGAGGUUUGGUUUCAGUCUCAUGUUGUUGUCUUGCAGGAUGAGGGAUCUCAGGCGAAGAGGUCCACCUCCCCUCCUCAUGGAGCUCCCAAGAAGAGGACUGCUUUCAUCGACAUCACUAAUGUAAGUCCUGUCCUAGAGGAUGAUGGGAUAAGUCUGGUUGGUUUAAGUUCAAUGUGUGUAUUUACAGAGAUCCAGUUUGGAAAAAGCCUAAUAAUGUUGCUGUCUUUGUAAAAGAGGUGUAAAAAGUCAAUUUGUUGUCUUUUUUUAGUUGUAUGUAUCAGUCACCAUAGAUGAGUGAAGUAAGGCUGUUUAAAAUAUUAAUCUAUGUGCUGUUAGAUGCUGCUGUUUUUGUCUACUUCAUAGCGAACAAUUUGUAGAGCGUUGUUGCAAUGAGUCAGUUCCAGCUCUGUUUUGUAUAUGACAGAAAAAGUCCUUAAAGGGAUAUUCCGUCGUAAAAUUAAUGAAGGGUCAAACACACCGUAACACCGAGUUAGACACCCCACACCACAUGAAUUUGUCGACCGCUUGCUUCUCUAGUUAUACCACCAAACAUCUUUAUAACUUUGCCUAAUUUCUUUAACAAAGAGACUAAACACAACUCACCUACUCUCUUUCAGCAGCCACUUGUUUGUAGCGAGAUCUCAGGCCAGUCUAUUACAGACUACAGCGGAGUUUCACAGCUCAAGGAAGAACAUUUAUGAUCGUUUCUUUAUUAUUUCCUUAAAGUAAUUAUCACCAUAUUAAUCAUUUUGUUCUGUAGACGCGGUAGGUCUUCUGCCUUAGCGUCUCCGUCUGAUUGUAUUUCCAUAAAGAAAUGAUCAUAAAUGUUCUUCCUUGAGCUGCGAAACUCCGCUGUAGUCCAUAAUGGACUGGCCUGAGGUCUCACUACAAACAAGUGGCUGCUAGAAGAGAGUAGGUGAGUUGUGUUUAGUCUCUUUGCUGAAGAAAUUAGUCAAAGUUAAAAAGAUGUUUGGUGGCUAGUACUAUGGCUGUGACCCUAUAUGUCCUGUUGAUGAAGUUAGGUGCUGUUCUGAGCAUUAUUUGUGGCUAUAGAGUGGCGUUUUGGUUGAGCGCGUGGCUCUCUGUAUUACUAUCAUGCGGUUGUUACUAAAGUUGGUAUAACUAGAGAAGCAAGCGGUCGGCAACAUUCAUCUCUCAAAGGGGCGUCUAACUCGGUGUUAUGGUGUGUUUGACCCUAAAUUAAUUUUACGCCAGAAUAUCCCUUUAAACUGACAGGUGUAAAAACUCCUGCAGCAAUUUCUAGUGUUUUGUGUGUUUCAUGGCUGCAAAAGUCAGAAUUCCUCAAAUCCUCCCACCAUGGGUGUUUGUUUUGCACAUAUGACGUGGUGGUGCACGCAGGUAUGGGCUACAAAAAUCAGCCACUGAAAACGCACAAGUAUUUCAAACCCGCUGUUGAGUGUUGACAGAAAUAAACCCAACAGUGCGACUUCUCACUCUGCGAUAUGGCAUCCUGGUAUAUGAAGACACUGCAGGCCCAGAUUGUGCGAAGGAGAACUUGGCUCCCUCCAAGGUGUUGUUGCAUCGCUCUACAUGUUUGGAACAUUUGUUGUAAGAGGUUUUAGAUUCAGAGGAAGACCUGGAAAGUGUUUGGUCGUAGUUUCUCAAACGCAUGAAGAUGAAGACUUCAAAUCUAGACGUGGAGCUCCUGAGCUGUGGUGACAUUAAAAUGUUCACACUCUGCGUCCUUUUAUUGUCGAGUGCCAACUAACACUUCCAACAUGUUUGUAUGUAGGUGUAUCUGUGUUCCCAGCAGUCGUUCCCCGGGGUGUGAAUGUGUGUACUCGGCUUUAACAUCAGGGUGUGAAUGAGCGUUGUGUUCGUCAGGAGCUGCUGCUGAGAAACCAACAGGGUGCUGAGAACUCCGAGCCAAGACGUGGAGGAUGAUGGUUUUUUAGUGAGGCGGGAAUGAGCGACUAAAAACCCUAAAGUCAGAUCCUUUUCCUUAAAGGCUCACAAGGUGCAGAUCAGCAUCCCGGGGAGGAAGAAGGACACGUCCAAGAAGCAGGCGAAGAAAACGAGCGCCGCCUCAGUGACGACGAAGAACCAAGCCAACCUGAUAAAGUAACAAUCAUUUUUUUCCUUCUUCUUUAAACGACACGCCUUGUUUUUUGUCGUUGUCAACCGUGUCUUUUUUUUUUCUUCGCAGGUCCUCGUCUGUUAGCUCAGACGGGACGCCAAGUGAGAGAGACAAGACCGACACAGACGAGGAGAGGGAGGAGGCGCAGAAGGAUGCAGCAGCUCCAGUCGAAGAGCUGGUGGCUGCUGCCGCCGCUGCUGCGCCCCCUGCUGUCCGGGAGGUUCCGGCACACCUGCAGAAACAACAAGUAAGACGGUUUUACCAGAUACAACUGAAAGUGAGAUUUUGAAUUUGAGGAUUUCAUCAGACCCUGAGAAGUUACAAAGCCCCCCAAAGUGUCCUGAAGAUGUAGUUUCCUUUCCUUUCCUUCCUUCAGAUCCCAGAGGAGUUUGACAUCGACUCUGAGAACGCCGAGGACUGUUACAUGUGCCCCGAGUACGCCAAGGACAUCUUCGACUACCUCAAAAAAAGAGAGGUGAGAGACCCUGAAACCAAACCGACUCUCCUUCUGAAAACACGACUCCCAAAGCUCAUUCCUCUGUUUUGGUCUGCAGGAGAAGUUCGUCCUCUCUAACUACAUGCCCCAGCAGCCCAGUCUGAACACAGAGAUGAGGGCGAUCCUGAUUGACUGGCUGGUUGAAGUGCAGGUGAGCGCUCCUGCUGCGUAUUUGUGCUCAUAAGAGUCUCUCAGGGUGUAACGCGGCUGCAGUAAUCUAGUUUGUAAAUUAAAAGUGAAAUCAGUGCUGAUUAAAUCUCCACAGGCUUCAGAUUAAAAGUGGUUUUGAAGCACAUAAUUAGAAACAUCAAGAGGACGCUCAGCGGGGAGCCAGACACCAAAUUACAAAACAGAGCGUGACUUUAUUUCUUCUCUCUGUGCGGCACGGUGACGGUUUCUGCCUCUGUGUUUUUCUUCAGGAGAACUUUGAGCUGUUCCAUGAGACCCUGUACCUGGCGGUCAAGAUGACAGACCACUACCUGUCCCAGACUCCGGUGCACAGGGAGAUGCUGCAGCUCGUGGGCUCCACCGCCAUGCUCAUCGCCUCCAAAUUCGAGGUAACGACUGACAUUAAAACGUCGACCUUAAUGCGCACAAAGUUUCCAAAAGCGCAUUUUUCACUCCUUUGUGUUUUCUCUUGAUACUCCAGGAGCGCAGUCCACCCUGCGUCGACGACUUCCUCUACAUCUGCGACGAUGCGUACAAGAAGGAGGAGCUUAUCUCCACAGAGGCCAACAUCCUGCAGGCGCUCCGCUUUGACAUCAACAUCCCCAUCCCGUACCGCUUCCUCAGACGCUAUGCCAAGGUGAGUGUCUGUGACCUCGCAGGCGGAAAGCCGCUCCUUUUAACCCUCCGCUUGUCUUGACUGUCCUCUUUGCGUCCCCGCAGUGUGUGAGCGCCGGUAUGGACACGCUGACUCUGGCGCGGUACUUCUGUGAGAUGAGCCUGAUGGAGAUGGAGCUGGUGACAGAGAGGGGGUCGCUGCUGGCCUCCGCCUGCCUGCUGAUGGCGCUGGUCACCAAAGACCUGGGCGGAUGGGUAAGUCUGUUUUAUGAAGCACCCGUCACAGAUACAAGCAGACAGCCUUUGAUUGAAUGAAUAUAAAAUAUGCCGUUUUGUAUCAUUUACUGGUCAGUAUCGUUAAUAAAAAACAGGACUUUGAAGGUACCAGGCCUUUAUUUGAAGCAACCAGGCCUUUAUUUGAAGCACAUAUUCAUGCUUAUAAAGAGGCAAGGAGAAACGCACAGGAUGAACCCCUUGGUUCUGAAGGUCCAGAAGUGUUCUGUUAGUUAUCGUGUCUAUAUCAAGAUAUAAACAUUCAAGAUAUUAAUGUAACAAAAUCAACUAUUUAGAUUUUCCCUGAAUUCUAAUCAGUAAAACAGCACUUUCCACAUUCUUUUGUAUGGUUUUAAUUUUCCUUGUUACUUGGCAACCCGUACUUGUAUUGUUUCCUAUUGAUAUUGAGAUUUUAAAUUUCGUCCUUGUCGUUCAGUCUUACGGCUAAAACAUACAGGAUGCAUAUUUGGAGCGUGGCAGCAGCGUCGUGUAUCACGCAGCAAAUAGGUUGCCAUACUAAUCAAUGCAGCAAAUCAUACAGGACGCGUAUCAGCUCCGUCGCGGCAUCGCAUCGAGAGCAGCACCGCCAAAGAUACUCGCCGAGUCUAUUUUGCUGCUCUGCGCUUCCAACUCGUGUCAAUCCACGCAGAGAGGAUCGUUUGUGUCGUGAAUGCCAUCCAGUAUUUCAAAAUAAAACACCAUAAACGAACUCCUGACUGAGUAUCAUUUGGUGUAGAUCCCUUUAUUAAACACCAGUAAACCUGCAAAAACCCAAACUGUAAAAUCAUGUUACUUUUUCACAAAAAGUAGAAGCUCAACGGUCACUGAAUUACAUCCAAAUUAGCAGGAAAUCGACCACAGAAAGGAAAAACAACCUGUUGUGAGCAUGUUGUUUCCUCUAUACUGAGCCAAGCUGCACCACGCUGCUGCUACACUCCAAAUAUGCAUCCUAUAUGCUGCUCUAUAUGUUUUCGGCUUUAGAUUCAUUCUGCAUAUAGAUAUACAUUAAGCAUUUUCAUGAAGGCCAACACGCUAAAUGGAUUGCGUGGUACACACACAAACUGAUGUGGUUGGUUGUCCGGCUGUCACACCGGUCUAAAGUCUGCAGCUCUCUAUCUCUCUCUCGUGAACUAACCCUCCGCCUUUCAAUUUAAAUGUAAAUAGUUUUUCCCUCUAAAUUGGAGUUAUCAUUGUCGCAGUACUACAAGGCAUGCUGGGUAAUUUCAUUUUGUUCCCGGCUGCCUCUGGAAUCAGCUGCCGUGCGAUUUUUAGCUGUUUAGAGAUGAUAAUGUUUGUGGAACAAAUUGAAAACUGCAGAGGCUGAGUAAUGAAAGCCGAGCCGUGGAUUUGUAUCACAUCUCGGAGAUUGAACAUUUUAGUUUGAGCGACAGUGCAGAUGUCCUGAAUAUGUCCGUUUGUUUAUUUAUAUAUUUAUUUAUCUUGUCUCGUUUUUGCAGAGUCCCAUCUUGCAGUUCCACUCCGGGUAUCAGGUGUCAGAUUUGGCUCCCGUCGUCAGAAAACUCCACGCGAUGCUUUCGGCGCCUCCAGACAACAAAUUAAGGGCCGUCAGGAACAAAUACUCCCACAAGUAAGUGUAAAACCCUGAAAGUGAUGAGUCUGGAUCAGAAGAUCAAAUCUAAAAUGAUAAUUCUGUGUCUUUCAGGGUGUUUUUUGAAGUCGCAUCCCUGCCGCUGGUCGACAUUGAACUUUUGGAGAAAGCGUUGUCUCAAUGAGAUCUGAAAAAAUCCAAUUCUCACAGUCUAAAAGAGUGAAAAACGAAAUUUCCCCCUCAAACCUUGUACAUAAUUUGUUAAUAUGUUUUAUUAUUUAUGAUCCUAGUCCAGUUUUAUGUGUUUUAUAAUAAAUCUGUGAUUCCAGGUUGUGAUGGAGAAGAGUUUUAACGUGGGCAUUUGUUUUAUAAAGUGUCCCCGGAGUGUCGUUCUCAUUAUUAGGACUUCUUUUAGUUGAAUUUCCUUUUUUAUAAGAAGAAAAAAAAUGUCAGUUCAUCCACAAAAUGUAAUCUUGCUCACGCGUUUUUACACAUUUCAGGCUGCAGAGGCUAGCAGGUGUAUUUCCAUAUGUUGUACAGUGUUUAUCAUAUUAUUAUGAUUGCGCCAUAUGUGUAUAAAAGAUGAGCGUAUGAUUCUGUGCUAUUUUUAAAUGGCUGUGAUGCAUACUCUAAAAUAAAGCUGUUUUUUUAUGUGUUUGAUAAA